AUUGUAUAGUGAGUUAACAGUUACAGUUUACCAGUUACAUUGUUUCAUGUGUAAGUUAGUUUUGUUUGUUUGUAUAGAAAAUCAAUUAGAUUUUGGCUGGGGAGUGUUACUGCCAGAGCAGUGUUUUAUAGAUAAAUCUUAUUUCUUUACUUUGGACGCGCUACUCACUUGUUUGUCGCAUCGGUGUUGAGUAACAAGAUGUUAAUCGGUGUUGAGUAAAUUGUUUUUAGCACGCUCAUGAUAAUGAUGGGAUAGAAUGUGAUUCCACGUGGAAUGAGAUCGGCUGAUAUUAGAUGCUGAGACAGCCGUAAUUACAAGUGUUCUUGUAACAGGAAUCUGGCCCAUAAGUUGCGCCAGAUGAGAUUUACUACACAAUCAUUUAGAACCUAGUCGCUUGCAUUACACUAGAAUAGCCCAAAGUCGAAAAGAAUUACCUCGGGCAUAAGAAUUUUGAUAGUUGCAUCAAAAUAGCAAAAUGGCAGUAUGAACAAUCUGACAGUGAUGAGGAACUAACAAAAACAGUUGAUGAAAUGGAAAAUGUAGCCAUGAAACUCAUUAAGCCUAAAAAUUUAAAACAAGAGAAAUCCUCAAAGCAUGACAAGAAAAACUUCCAGAAGGGAAAAGUUCUUCAUGCUAAAUUGCAUAUCAAAUACUGGAAAACAAAAGAGAUCGCCAAAAAGGCAAACAAGUGUUUUACAAGAGAAAUGCUCCAAGACCUUGCUCAGUUCAAAAGGGCAGCUGACUAUUUCAUCAAAAGAGGGGCACAUUUAAUCAAACUGAAUGAAGGUUGUGUGGAGUGUGUGUUAAUGUUUGAUGCUGCAGAGAAGUUACAAAGUUUCUGGACAGAGUAUAAGUCUGGGGAUUUAUCUAAGUUUCUGACAAAUGAAUACAUCACCCAAGAACUUGAAGAGAUGGAGGGAGAAGAGAUGCUGUAUGUUGAUGUAUACAUUUGUGAACAGGAGUUGGCUACAGCCUGGGAAUUUUUCACAAACCCAGGAGAACCAGAAACCCAAACCAAUGUAGAAUUGCCCUCUACAUCUGGCAGUCAAAUAAAGCAAGAGAGGCCACUGACUGUUGAGCAAAACAUUGAAGAGGAAUUUUGCACAGUAACUUAUCAAAAGAGUUACCACAUCAUGAAGUCAGAAAAAGAAACUGCUACAAUGUGUGAAGUUUGGGGAUCCAUAUUUGAAGACAUAUCAACCCGUGUGUCAUGCAUGUGGAAGGAGUUGGCUUUACAUUUAAAGUUUACAGAGGAAGAUAGAGAAGCCAUUGUGUCCCAGCACCCUAAUGAAGAAGAAGCACAGUGUUUAGAAUGCUUACAAAGUUUCCUAGAGAGGAACUAUGACCAACCUGUUGAACAAAUCACAGCACAACUGCUUACUGCUUUGUACAUGAUGCAUCAACCAACAUUUGCUGAGACUGUGGUUGAUCUACUAACAAUGGAAAGUCUCCCAGUGUGUCAUGAACUUAUUCAAAGACCAAUGGUAUGUGACACCUUGUCUUCUGAUGCUAGUUAUAAAGACUAUGAAAAAUAUGACUCUGGUGAGGACAAUGACAGUAUCAACAGUGAAAUAUGUCUUGGAAACAAAAUAAGUAAUUCAGAUGAUAAAGAGUGUCAGAAAGAAAAAAGCUGUCAUGCACCAAUAAAAGAUGGAGAUAAAAAACACCCAGAACAAAGUGCUAACAUUGAGAACAAUGAUGAUGGGUAUGGAGAGAGAAAUCGAGGUAAUGAAGAAGCUGAUCAUCAUGACAGUGAAGUUGAUGAAACUUUAGAGACUUUGAAUUAUGAACAAAGCUCUGAAAAUGAAGAAUCACUCCGUGUAGCAAAGCUCCAGUCUUUGCUUUCAUCAGAAAACCCCCCAGAGGACAAGAGACAUGUGGAGGAUAUUGUAAAAUUGCUAGAACUUUCUCCUGAACUAUUGACAAAACUAAACGAAGUUGAACAGAAAAAGCUUGCUUCCAUGCUUCUUUGUGUAGGCUGUGAUUCAAAUGAAAAUGCUAUGGUGUGCAGAAAUUUGAAGCAAAAUAUUUUAAAACUUGCCUCCCCAAAACAUAAAGUUUUCGCCAGUCUUCUAAAAUCAGAGCUGUUGGAACUGUUACAUAAUGCUGAAGGAGAUAAUACAUUACAUUUAAGUGAAAACUGGAAACUUCUGUCACAGACACCCAAAAAAGAACUCAAAACCUGGCUGGUCAUUGCUGAAAUCUUUAUCAAGCAACUUAGUAAGAAUGAUGGAAACACAAAACUUCUAAAAAUACUUGCUAGAAAACUAACAUUGCUGAAGUUAGUUCUUCAACAAAUCAAAAUGCAUCCCAGUGAAGAGGGGAGAGAUUCACUGAAAAUUUUAGUCUUUAACCUGGUUAAACAUUGCAGUGGUAGAGGAGUUGGUCUUGCUGCCUAUUGUCUAUUGUUACAUGUCUAUCAGAGACAGGACCUACACACAAACUAUAAAACCUCAGAUCAGUCAGAAUGUAUGGAAAUCUUAGCCAAGGAUAAAGAUGCAUCUAAACAAGUGCUCAAGCAACUUCACCAUACCCACAACUCCAGAGCCCUGUCAGAAGUGGAGAAGACAUUGUUUCUGGAUGUGCUGUCACAGCAUGCAGAGGUCCAUGGUGGAUGUUAUUAUGCUGGUGCAGAAAGAAAUGCUGUGGUUCUGUUACAAUGUUUCUUAACAAGUAAUGACAUUAUUGACUCAGAGCAGUCAAAAUGUAUGCAAAUCUUAGCUAAGGAUGAAGUCACAUCUGAAGAAGUCCUCAAACAGCUUUACCAGACCCACAAAUCCAAAACCCUGUCAACAGUGGAGAGGACAUUGUUUCUGAAUGUGAUGUCACAGCAUGUAGAGGUCCAUGGUAGUUAUUAUUCUGGUGCAGAAAGAAAAAGUGUGAUUCUGUUGCAAUAUUUCUUAACAAGCAAUGACAUCACUGACUCAGAGCAGUCAGAAUGUAUGGAAAUCUUAGCCAAGGAUAAAGGUGCAUCUGAAGAAGUGCUCAAGCAACUUCACCAUACCCACAACUCCAGAGCCCUGUCAGAAGUGGAGAAGACAUUGUUUCUGCAUGUGCUGUCACAGCAUGCAGAGGUCCAUGGUGGAUGUUAUUAUGCUGGUGCAGAAAGAAAUGCUGUGGUUCUGUUACAAUGUUUCUUAACAAGUAAUGACAUUACUGACUCAGAGCAGUCAAAAUGUAUGCAAAUCUUAGCCAAGGAUGAAGGCACAUCUGAAGAAGCCCUCAAACAACUUUACCAGACCCACAAAUACAGAACCCUGUCAGCAGUGGAGAGGACAUUGUUUCUGAAUGUGCUGUCACAGCAUGCAGAGGUCCAUGGUAGAUUUUAUUCUGGUGCAGAAAGAAAUACUGUGAUUCUGUUGCAAUAUUUCUUAACAAAUAAUGACAUUACUGACUCAGAGCAGUCAAAAUGUAUGCAAAUCUUAGCCAAGGAUAGGUGGACAUCUAAACAAGUGCUCAAACAACUUUACCAGACCCACAAAUACAGAACCCUGUCAGCAGUGGAGAGGACAUUGUUUCUGAAUGUGCUGUCACAGCAUGCAGAGGUCCAUGGUAGAUUUUAUUCUGGUGCAAAAAGAAAUACUGUGAUUCUGUUGCAAAAUUUCUUAACAAGUAAUGACAUUACUGACUCAGAGCAGUCAAAAUGUAUGCAAAUCUUAGCCAAGGAUAGGUGGACAUCUAAACAAGUGCUCAAACAACUUUACCAGACCCACAAAUACAGAACCCUGUCAGCAGUGGAGAGGACAUUGUUUCUGGAUGUGCUAUCACAGCAUGCAGAGGUCCAUGGAAGUUGUAACAAAGCUGCAGAAAGAAAUGCUGUGAUUCUGUUACAUUAUUAUUUCACAAACAAGAACAUUACAGACACAGAGCAGUUAAGGUGCAUGGAUAUCUUAGCCAAAGACAAGUUCAUAUCAGAAAGUGUUCUGAAGCAGUUUUGUCAGCAUCAAACUAUUAAGGACAUCCUAAAAUCAAUAUUCCUAGAUCUGCUGUCACAGCAUGUGCGAGUACAUGGAAUAAGUCAUGCUAAUUCAUGUGAUAUGGACAUGAUGCAUACCAUAACUGACAUAUUUAUGCACCACUUGACUUCUCAAAGAUUGUAUGUAUAUACUUCUCAUAGAACGCCAAUAGAAUUCAGUUCAAAUGAUGACAGGGGAAUGGCUGCAUGGAAAAGAAUCUUUGAAAAAGAAGAGUCCCUUUCCAUGAAAGCAUUGGAAAAGUUGCUUCAAUACCACCAAUCUGGUUAUCUUUCACUUGAGGGCUGGAAACUUAUGUCAGACUUGACAUGCCAACAUAUCAAAGUUCAUGGAAGAGAAAGUCUGCCAUCUUCUUUAAGAGCAUGGCGUGUAAAAGACAGCACCAACUAGCAAGAAUUAUGAAACAUCUGUAUAACAGAGAAAGCCUUGAAGCAAAAUUCAACUAUAUGUAAAAGCAAGCAGGUUGUGUGAUGCAUCAGCACUUUAAUUGUAAUAUACCAUUAUACACACACUGAAAACUUUACGUUGUUAAAAGAUACAGGCUAAAUAGAAAUGCAGUAGAAACUAGUCUAAUCACACUCUUACAUGUCACACCAAUACUUCACCUUUUAUAUAUGAUUUGGUUAAUAUUUUUUUAAUUACUUAUCUUAUGAGAAUUUAUUUUUGUAAAAUAUUAACAAUGCAGCUUGCAUCAGCCCAGAUAGUAAGAAUUUAUAAGUAUGUCU